UCUUCUAAUGUCACUGUCAUGUCGUCUGUUGAAAACAUUUGCACUCGGCUCCCGCCUGUUGGUUUCGUCAAAAAGAAGUCUACUUCGAAACUGGUUGAAGCUGAUUUAGGAGGUAUCCACGAGGAUCAUGUAGGGCAGCUGACAGUCAAAUGUGUUCCUGUGAUACUCGAGUUUCGGCGGCUGUUCAAGAGCACGAAAUUCAAGUCGGUCAACGUUAUUCCAGGGAUACCUAAUCAGGAGUUACUCCACGGCAUCAUUGCACUGUAUGAUGUAUGCUUACCAGAUAUAACACCUGAAGUCUUGUAUUUUACUGUGUGUGGUAAAUGGGCAAAGACUCUGCUACUCAUCAGGGAUGCAACAGAUGUUGCAGAAGAACUUGUGCAUUCCAGAAAGAAGAUAGACCAGAAUGCAAACAAGAGCAAUGGAUCCGAAGGAACAGAUGUCCUCACAGAGAAUACAGUGACCCCUGACCUUGAUCAAGUUGACAAUGAAGUAGAGGGUAAAGGUCAAACACACAUUCCAUCAAACUGUCAGAAAAGUGCAAUUAACUUGGACUCUACCAAAGAGAAAACUGCAAAGGAAGAAAGUGAUGUAGAUAGACAAAACACUUCAGGAGAGAAACACAUUGAUGAGUGGGUAGCAAAGGAGACUUCAGCAGCCGAAGAUGAAGUGCAAGGAGUUACCAAUGAUGCAUUGGCAGCCAAAGAUGAAGGGGAGAAAAAGGGAAUCUUUGCAGAUGUAUUCAGUGAUACAGACAGUGAAAAUGAAUCAGAAAGUGAUGAGGAUGAAGAUGAUUACACUGAAGGACAAGAGGAAUUCUUAAAGAUUGUCAGGCAACGUCGAGAGAGGAGGAAAGUAGCUUUAUCUCAGGGUGAUGAUCCAUCAUUAGCAAUCGGUAUUGAAUCAAGAUUGAUUGCUUGUACAACAUGGGAAAAAUCUACAAUUCGUCCUGGUGAGAGGAUUCUUCAGCUGGAUCUUCUGGCCGUCAGGAAACGCUUCAGGAAAUUAGGUAUCGGCAAAUAUCUACUUCAGAACCUGAAGGACCCUUCACUAGUUGGAUUGUACGAUGCAUUUGUCGUCUAUGCUGAUCAUUCUGCUGUGGAUUUCUUUGGUCAUUAUGGAUUCAAUGAUGAUAUCGUACUCAAUAGCAAGUUCUCUGAUCUAGCUGAUAACUGGACAAACUGUACCCUCAUGUGUUAUCUUCCUCCAUUCUCAGGUCAGACCAUAUUGAUGGAAACGGAUCCUGAACUAGAUCUUAAGGUGAUGGAACUAGAGCUUCAUAAAUGUUCAGAGAAGAGUCGAGACGCCUACCAGGCUCAGAUGGCUUGUGCUAUGAAACUAAAACAUGAAGUUAUAUCUCUUAGAGCUCUAGUUAGCUCACAGCAGGAUCUCAUUACAUCACUCACACAAGAGUUUCAAACACUGCGUACUGAAAGAUUCCAAGUAGAGAAAGCGUAUCUUAAGAAGCAGUUGAAUGAUUUAAAGCUUGGUAUUGAGAUGAAAGCAGAGAAUGGAAAUGACACCCUUAUCAAUCAAGAUGAUGACGAUGAUGAUGAUGAAGUUGAUACUGAUAUGUUACUACGAGUGCUUGAAAGUAAAGUGUCAUCUUUAGGCAUGACUGAUUCUUCCAGAGCAGAGAGUAAGAUCCAUUGGCAGGUUGCUGAGGAGUUUAAAUUAAGUAUGGAUGACUCUGUCAUGGCAGGCAUGUGUGUUGUCUCCCAAACAACCAAGGCCCAUGUAAGUAGCUCAGUAGUUGAGAUGUAUAAGACAAGAUGCAGUCAUCUAUUAGAUUCAUCAAUACACACUAAGAUGUAUCUUUGUGGAACUUUGGAACAUCCAGAAAGGAUCCAACGUAUACUCUCGGAUGGAUUCACAGAACGAGACUUCAGUCAUGGAGAGUUUGGAGUGGGUCUUUAUUUCAGUCAACAUGCAUCAAAAGCUGCUCACUUCUCUGCUCUUGGUAAAUUACUUCUUAAUGACGUUGGUCUGGGUAAGACCGAGUCUGUCAUCAAGAAAGAUAACACAAGAACUGCUCCUCCAGAAGGAUUUGAUUCCAUUGUGACACCAGGCAGACUUUCUAAUUUGAGUGGAGGUGACCUUAUGACCUGUGGUUAUCAAGAAUAUGUGAUCUUUGACCCCUACCAAGCACUUCCUCUUUACCUGAUUGAGUACAGAUUGGAGUGACUCAUGACAAGGUAGAAUUACAAGCAAUUUUUAACUGUCUUCCCAUUCAUCGUGUCUGUCAAGGUAAGAGUAAUUAUCAUUUGAUGAAGUGGAAGUGUCAUGGCUGACACAGCAGUCAUGAUCAGCAGAGUGGCGUUUGUGAUCAGCAGCGUUUGGGUUCGAGUCCAAGUCAAGACACCUGUGUUCUUAACAAGGAACAAUUUCAUCAAGCACUUUUGCUGCAAUAUAUUUAAACUGCACAGUAUUUGUGCAUACUGAAUGCUAGUAUUGAGUAGCAAUGGUGAUUUUUAAGUGGCAACUUGUACAUAUUGCGUAGCAUUUUGCUACAAGGGAAAUCAUUUACUGCUUAAGCAAGACACUUAACUAUGAUGCUUCAUCCUUUAGA